UUUCUCUCUCUCUAGUUUAUCUCUCUACUUUCUCUCUCUCUAAAAUAUAUAACACUUGUUGCACAAACUCAUUUUUCAUAUGCAACUGCAGUUCCAUUCUUGCUCACUACUCUAUUCGUCUUCUUGAAUGGAUCCGAACCGGUUCACUUCGAAGGGGCCCGGUUCUUUCUCACCGGUCCUUCGGGUUCUCGGCAUCGAUGGUGAUCCUGCAUGCUUGAACAAUCUCGAGCAUAUGCUUCGGAAGUGUAACUAUCAAGUGGCGACGUGUAAUUCGAGUCAAGAAGCACUGAAUCUGCUUCAAAAACAAAAAAACGGAUUCGACAUUGUAAUCAGUGACGUCAGCAUCUUCGAUGACGUGGACGGUUUGAAGUUUCUAGAACACGUUCGUCUGAAAAUGGAUCUCCCCGUAAUAAUGAUGUCAGCGGACGGAGAGACGAGCACAGCGAAGAAAGCCAUCGAAAACGGGGCAUGCGAUUAUUUUGUCAAGCCGUUAAAAACGAAGGUGCUUCGAUACAUAUGGCAACACGUGUACAGAAAAAGAUUACGUGAAAUGAGAGAUAUCGAAGGUCAACAACAAAGCGUUGACCAAAUUCAGUCGGUUGAUCAAAUUCAGUCGGACGAUAUUUUAUCCGGUGAUAAAAGGAAAGAUCUCGUUAACAAUAACAACAACAACAACAGCAGCAGCCAGGAAAGAGAUCCUCAAUCGUCUACGAAGAAAGCAAGGGUAGUUUGGUCAGUUGAUCUUCAUCAGAAGUUUAUUGAAGCCGUUGAUCAUUUCGGAAUCGAUAAAGUUGGACCGAAGAGAAUACUCGACUUUAUGGAAGUGCCGUGGCUAACGAGAGAAAAUGUUGCUAGCCAUUUGCAGAAGUAUAGACUAUACUUGAGCAGGUUGGAGAAAGAAAACGAGCUAAAAACGGCAUCUAGUGGGCCCGGCAGCAAAAACAGAGGAGACGCGAUGAAUCAUCAUCCUCCAAUAAGUAGUAACACUACAAUCUCGCCAAUCAAUUACAAUCGAGCGUUUGGUUCGGAAGUUAAACCUAAACCGGAACUACAACUACGACAACAAGCUUGGAAUACUCAAUCAGCACCUCCGUUUCAAUUCAAUCAACCACCGCCACCUAAUCCGUAUUUUCAUAAUCGGUUUGAGAAUCAUCUUCCACUUGCUACGGUGACUCGUAAAAAUACGCAAGUCGAUUAUUUUCCCAAUAAACCGAUGUACGAUAGUCUCCGAUCGUCUUGUGGAAUUUGGGAAGAGGGUUUCAAUGGUUACGCUUCAAGUUCUUCUUCUCACGGAGGUUUUUGUAAUACACCGAGUCCCGCUUUUGUUAAUUUGGAAUCUUUUGGUUUUAUCGGACCAGAUGACCUUAUCGGUGAAUCUUCGUCGCAGUUUCCUUAUCCGCAGUAUCCGAGCGAAUAUCAAGGUCAAUUAAAUGAAGGUGCAUAUGCACCUUCAUUUAGUACUGCUCAGUUAUAUGCACCUUCACUUAGUACUGCUCAGUAGUAGUUGUUAUUAGUAUGUAGAAUAUAUUGAUUAAUUGAUUGCAAGGAAUAUUCUGUUUUGCCUCUAAAUGUACAACAAUACUUUGAUUACUUCUUGAUUAUAUUUUCUGGUUUUAUUUUGAGCAACUUUGCAUGAAAAAUGAGUCUCUUAUUUUUAAUAAUAGAAUUGCCUCGAAUAUCUCUCGAAUUUACACUCAACCGUGUGCAUCGAUGAAAAUAGUUUCCGUAAAAAUAUGUUUUCAAUGCUUUAAAGGAGAAUCAAAACUUUCCUGAUGUGUAUAAUACAUAUAUAUCGACGGUGACUUCGAUUCUUAGGAACAAACAAA